CAGGAAGAAGACGAAGAAGAAGACGAAAACGAAUCAAAACCAACAACACAAAUGCCGUCUCGUGUAUCUCGACGAAGGCGGUGCCAAUUUCGUGUUCAAGAUCCUGCCCGAUGGGAAUGAGAAUGAGAAUGGGAAUGAUGAAGCACUACUACCGCGACUGCUGCAGAGAAAGUUGCUGCGCCUAGGCAAAGAUCUCUCCCACGUGCAGACGGCCGAAGAGCAGCUCAAAGCACUCGACGUCAAUUUCACGACGCUGUUCCCCGCCGAACAUCUCAUCGAACACGAGCUCAUCGUCCUGCAUCACGACCUGACCACGUCCCUCAAUGCCAUGUUGGAAGCCUGGAUCCGGCCCCAUCAUCGCUUGCCCCAUCUGCUGCCGAACCGCGCCAUGUCGGGCAUGCUAGUAACAGACAUGACGCCCGCCGCAGGCGAAGUCCUGCUCGAGCUCAAACCCAAAUGGUUAGCCCCUUCGCCCAACGCGCCUCCCAAUGCCAAACGAUGUCGCACGUGUGCGGUGCGAGCCCAUCGCGCGUCCGAGCGAAUUUGCACCGCGACCGACGCGCAAGCCAGCUGUCCGUUAGACCUCAUCAAUCCCGAUCCGGGGCAUCGGAGGCGUUGCGUGCAUGCAAUUACCACGGAUCCGCAAAUCCGCGACUAUUUGCUCACGCAGGCACAGCCUUUGCUGCAACAACUGCGAACCUGCCAAGCGGAAUUUGAUCGGGUGGGCGUCUUGAACAUUUCAGGGAAUCAUCAUGCCUCCUCCUCCGCCUCUUCCUCCUCCUCAUCAUCAUCAUCAUCUCUCCUGUCGCUGUGCAAAGCCAUGACGCUGAGAGAUUGCACCUUGUUCGUCAAGCGCUCGGGCGACGUGAUUGAUGCGCGAUUGGGUGAUCUCGACCUCAAACAUCCAGAAAAGAUCUCGCGGUGGAAGAAGGUGGAAGCCAAUCUGAUUAGCGGCGGCUGGUAUACCAAUUCCGAAUCUCCAGAGCAUUAUCAUCACGAGAAAAUAUGCAUGCUCGCGCGCUGACCAUGGUCCUUUUCUUCUUCUUCUUCUUCUUCUUCUUCUUCUCCUCCUUCCAGUUGUGCGUCGUGUGUCCAAGUGUUGGGCAGUGUUAAAAAAAAGGAGAGCGCAGCGAUGGGACUACCAUACCUUACCUUAUGUAGCUAAUUGAACAAUAAUAUACAUAAGGUAUGUAUGUACCUGACCAUCUUCAAUUUAUCUUCGACAAUGGAGGUCAUCAUCUUGCGUCAUGAUUCGGCACUCGACCCCUAGUCUCGCGUGAAGCGGUUGCCGAGACAGCAUGAGCUGAUGAGCAGCAUGUGGAAUUAAUGAAUGACGGAUAUUAAUAAUAUGGACCGCCAGCCAGGGUCACGGAAGGGUGCAUUGACAAGUCCGG